ACAGCAAUGCCAAUAUCUAUGGAAACCACCAAAGACAAACCAAGCCAAGGAGACAGCAGCUGAGCUAUGAAUUGUUGAAUAUUUUCUAAAGUUCAGGACUAUACUGAGUGAGACUGGGCUGGUGGACAACUGUCAGUUUUUAACAGAAGAUGUUAAGAAAAAUGAAGUUUUUCUUCACAGUUGUUUUAAUGACUGGAUAUUUUAACUUCACAAGUUGUGCCGACUGCGUUCUUGAAUCAGACUACAUGUACAUCUGCAAAAGAAUACCACAAAACUACCUUCCUGGUAUUUCCUCUGUUGUGUUUAUAGGCAGUGACAUUGGGGUGAUUAACUCAUCUGUGUUCACCAGUCCCAGUUUGGCUUCUGUUUCUAGCCUGAGCUUGGGAAAAGCUGGCAUCACUCAGAUUCAAACUGGUGCUUUCAGAUCCUUCCAGCAGCUGAAGAAACUGAACUUGUAUAGCAACAAGUUGACGCAAAUCAGCAGUUCAUGGCUCUCCAGACCAGACAUCCUGGAGAAUCUAACCAUAUUCGAAAACGAGGUCCAGAAAAUUGAUGUGCGGACGCUGUCUGAAUUUUCUAACCUGAUAGCCCUCAACCUGGCUAGAAAUAAAAUUGCUGAAAUAGCCAGUGGCAGUUUUCAGGAGCUCCACAAAUUGGCUGUUCUGGACCUUUCUGGGAACAGGCUGUCAUACGUAAGCAAAGAAGCUUUUCGUUCAUUGCGGUCCACCAAGCUGAGGCUCGAUGGGAAUCCAUGGGACUGUUCCUGUCAGCUGAAAGACUUCAGAGAGUUUCUUCAAGAUAUGAUAAAUGCUUCUUUACUUGAAAAUUAUUUGGAUGUGACCUGUGAAACUCCACCUGCUUUAAAGGGCACACCUGUAUGGAACAUUUCUGAGCUGAACUGCUUAUCUCAGAGUACACCCAAACCUCUCUUGGAGCCCCUUCUCAAUAUAGGAGUCCCUAUUUUAAUGGGCAUCCUGGCCAUCCUCUGUUGUGUCGUGUGCCUCGCUUUUCUGUGCAAACGAAAUCAAGAAAAAAAACAAGUGAACCCAGGCGGAGGAAGACGAGAGGAGCCAGGACUUCCCAAGGCCAGGCGAGCUGUGAACGUAGCGGCGUGCCAGCCAGGAAAGUCCCCGCAAGGGCCCGACGCUCACAGGAGCGGGCUGAAGAAAGGUCGGGCCAAAUCGGCCUGUGCAGUGCUCGUGAGAUCCCCACUUCCAGAGCACAGUCUCCGGAAGGAGGAGGAAGAGGCCGGAAACAAAGGCCAAACCAAUUUUCAGGCUGUGUAUUACUGUACAGCCAUAGCUCCAGGAAAUGGAAGAAGAACUAAUGAAACUGACAAAAUGACGGAGGUGAGAGGCGGAGGCGGAGAGGGACCUAAUUUCCCACCAUCUGGACCAAAAGGCAUCACAGCCACCAGCCCUAAUUAUUUGUGUGAAGACAAUAUGCAGUGUCAAACUAAGAUCGGGAAUGUAUCCUUCACUGUGGAAAAUCCCCAUUCACACGAGUUAGUUACUGAAACAAACCAGUGUUCUCAUGGAGAUGAAAACUUACCUUAUCUAAUCAUUAACACCCAACCAGCCAAACUCAACGUUGAAUCCAUGGUUCAGUGCCACCCGUACCCCACAAAUAAACCAGUGCUCUUUAACCCUGUAAGGGUUAAGAGGAUGUCAACCUGGCCCCCAGCAGCCACAGAGUGGAAAAACAAUCAAGUGGAUAAAAGUGAUGUCCAGAAGUAUUUUCUGAAGCAAGAAGAAGAAUCUGAAAUGGAGCACAACAAGGAGGGCCGUAUAGUAGUUUUCUCAAUAGGAAAUGAUACCCAGAAGGCAUUGCAUGCAGACAGAGCAAAGAAGACAUUGCAAGGAGGCGAGGCCCAGAAGGCAUUGCAAGGAGACGAGGCCCAGAAGGCAUUGCAAGGAGGCGAGGCCCAGAAGGCAUUGCAAAGAGGCGAGGCCCAGAAGGCAUUGCAAGGA